AUGACAGAAAAGGACAUUGGUUAUGUUUCGAAGCAUGAGAACACAAUGGCGGAGCUUCCGGACCCGGAUGCUGGCUUGAGUGAUGAGGAGCGAGCGAUUAUCGACAAGAAGUUGGUGCGGAGACUGGACUGGAUGCUCAUCCCCUGGCUCACCAUCCUCUAUCUCGUGAGCUUCCUGGACAGAACGAACAUCGGUAACGCUAAAAUCGAUGGACUCAUCCCGGACCUGCAUAUGACGAACGGGCAGUACAAUGCUGCGCUGUCUUUAUUCUUCGUCUCGUACGCGGGCUUCGAGCCACUCACGAACAUCUUACUAAAGCGUCUGCGGCCGAGCAUCUUCUUGCCUAUUAUCAUGAUUCUUUGGGGCAUCUGUAUGACAUGCAUGGGUCUGGUGCACAACUUCUCCGGCUUAGCCGCGGCGCGUUUCUUCCUUGGUGUAGCUGAGGCCGGGCUGUUCCCUGGUGUCAAUUACUACCUUUCUUGUUGGUACAAGCGUAGUGAGCUCGGCAUCAGGGCUGCCAUCUUCUUCUCAGCUGCAGCUUUGGCUGGUUCCUUUGGUGGCCUGCUCGCUGCGGCCAUUGCACUGAUGAAAGGCAUUGGUGGGAAGCAUGGCUGGGCGUGGAUCUUCAUUCUUGAGGGCCUGGCCACUGUUCUUAUCGGUAUCGCAAGUUACUGGCUAGUACAUGAUUUCCCGGACGACGCCAAGUUUCUCAGCGAAGCCGACCGACUACGCGUGCUCCGGAGACUAAAGGCUGAUGCGCAGAGUUCCGCCGAGCACGAAGACUUCAAGAUGGCUUACUUCUGGGCUUCAGUGAAGGACUGGAAGACUUGGGCCUUCGCUACCGUGUACAUGGGAUGCGAUGGCGCGCUGUACGCCUUCUCGCUCUUCUUACCCACUAUCAUCCAAGAGCUGGGCUAUGCCAGCACCAAGGCGAACUUGCUUACAGUCCCGCCAUAUGCCGCUGCCGCUGUGCUUACGAUAACGAUUGGCUGGAUCGCCGACAAAACGAGGCAGAGAGGAUUGUGCAAUAUCUGCGUCUCAUUGCUCGGCAUUGCAGGCUUCAGCAUGCUUCUCGGCAGCACCAAUCCCGGUGUGAAGUACGCAGGAACGUUCUUGGGCGCUCUGGGCAUCUAUCCAUGUGUGGCAAACACAAUCUCGUGGGCUGCGAACAACGUUGAGGGUGUCUACAAGCGUGGAGUGACUCUAGGGUUUGUGAUCGGCUGGGGCAACCUCAAUGGCAUUAUGAGCAGCAACGUCUACCAAGCCAAGGACAAGCCAAAUUACCGCCCCGGUCAUGCAGUCGUGCUCGCCUACAUGGUACUCUUUCUGCUCGGAGGUAGCUUGGCCACACACUUCCUGCUCAUCGAUGAGAACAAGAAGCGUAUUGCCGGUAAGCGCGAUCACUGGAUUGUGGGGAAGACGGAGAAGGAGAUUGAGAUGCUUGGCGACAGGCGGCCAGACUUCAUAUACACGGUAUAA